AAAAAAAAAAAAAAAAAAAACAAAAAAAAAGAUUUGACUGUGUUCAUCAUGAUUCAAGCCCCGGCCUUUCAGGAACGAUUCCAGCAGCUGAAGAUUUUCGAUAAUAGUAAAAAUGAAUUCAUCCAGGAGCUUAUUAUGCGCCAUCAAGACUUGGAGAAUCGAUACAGGGAAGCCCAGCUGCAGUUGGAGCGCGAGCAGCGACUGUCACGGUCAUUCCAGCAAGAUCUCAAAGAUAGAGAAGCCGAUAUCCGAGUGAAUAAUAACAACAUUGCAAAGAUGAAUUUUGUUUCGGUCUUGAUCGAUGGCGAUGGCGUGCCGUUUAUUGAUGAUCUUGUCUCAAUGGGCGCCGAAGGUGGUCAGGAAGCGGCUCGCCAGCUGUUAGCAUCCGUCUCCCAAUAUAUGGAGGAACUUGAACCCAGCAUCAGUAACAUCCAUGUUUCUGUCCAUAUAUAUGCGAAUAUUCAAGGUCUCGGACGCGCUUAUCGUGAUGCGGGUAUUCUAGACGCUCCGGCCAUGCUGGAGAAUUUCGUCCGCGGUUUCAAUAUGGGCAAUGCUUCCUGCGACUUUGUCGACGCUGGCAAUGGAAGUCAGUGUGCCGAUGAGAAACUGAGAGCUAACUUCGAGCGAGCUAUGGUGGAUCUCCACUGCCGGCAUAUAAUCUUCGGUGGCUCGACUGAUAAUGGUUAUGCGAGGAUUCUUGUACCAUGCAGCGACCACGAUGCUGAUAAAGUCACCCUUCUCGAGGGUCCACCUUUUGCUCGAGAGCUGAAAGAAUUGGCCUCCAGGUUUCGCCAUAAGUCUUUUCCUACUUUAUUCCGUUCGGCGAAGAUCCCCAACAGAGGUUCGCUCUCCCCGUCAAAGGGCCCCCAGCCACAACUCUCCCCACCUCGGAUUCCUUCCACGAAGAGUCCCCCUUUGAGUGUUGCCUCCCCGCCGAAGGUGGCUGUCCAGCCGAUCAAUUAUGCCGGAGUGGCAGCCACCUCACAGGCUUCACACAUUCAGGUUAUCUAUGAUCUCAAAACGCCAGCUAGCACUGCUGCCAAAUCUCGUGUAGCUCGCAACGCAAAGGGCCAGCGCGUGGACCGGCCUUUGACUUUCAACCAAACUGAUUACAAUAACAUAAAGCCUCAACGAUACUGCAAUCUUUAUCAUAUUAAUCGAAGCUGUCCUGAUGAGAGCACCUGCGGACACAAACAUGGCCCCAGAUUACAGGGACGGCAGUUGGAGGCGCUGAAGCACCUUGCGCGAACGGCACCCUGCCGAUCUGGUGGACUCUACUGCAGUGAUGAAGAAUGCGUCUAUGGACACCGAUGUGUGUUGACAAGAUGCGAACGCGCAAAAUGCCGAUUCUCAGACGAGAUGCAUGAUGUGGAUAGUGUUAUCGUGGGAUAAUCACAGGUACUUCACGAAGUAAACUCAACAUAUUGGUCAUGUUUACAGACUCUAUCAAAUCUAGGGUUGCAGAUUCAUUUACUUUUGAAGACCUUUCUUUUUUAUUCUAUAUCGUUCAUAUAUUACCUUGACUCUUCAGCCGAUACCUUUCUACCAUGACACCUCGAUUCAUUGAGUCACGGACCUGCUGCCUGACCUCAGGCUACUUCUGGGUCUUUCUACUCAAUGACCAAGAGAAGUGGCAGCUUACAUGGGCUGAUGCCUAGAAAGGUUUAAAAGAGUCUCUCACCCUUGGGGCCCCUGGUUUGAUGUUGAUUUCUAUAACAUAUCUAUCAUCUUCAAUUUAGAGUACCA